AUGGAGACGGCGGAACCGGUGUCAUCUUAUGACUUCCCGGGCCAUGUGGGUGCUUUUACUGCUCAUCGACGGAUGGAAUCGUCUCUCUACCCUUAUUACUCUCAUCCACCAUCAAACCCAUCCUAUUCCCUACCAUACCAUGCGCCACCAACGACAGCUUACCACUUUGGCUCUCUAAAUCAAACCUCUCACCCUUAUGGGCAUUACUUCGUGGCCAGUCAGCCCCCGCUGUCAUCGCCAGUGCGUCUGGCUGAACCCCAGCCACUGCAUUCGCUGCCUGAAAUCAAGCCAGCCAAGAACGCCAUCAACAAUGUCGGAAAGAGAGCCUCGGACCGUGAGCUUCCAGGGGUGGCUGUCAAGAAACAACCCUCGGAUUUCGAGUUCUCCACCGGAGUCGAUGUUUUGAUGAAGGCUAUUCAAGCGAAGCCAGAGUCUUCACCAUCCCCAGUUCAGCAAUCGCUGCCACCUCUGCAGCAACUGGCACCAUCUAGCUAUUCAAGCUAUCAAAGCUACCCAAGCUAUGCCAUGUCACCGCCUCGCUGUCUCAUGAACAGUGAGGGUCAGUUGUCUCGGUCUGGGAAGAAGCGCAAGUAUACUUGCACCUUGCCAAACUGUGGCAAGAGCUUUGCACAGAAGACACACCUGGACAUUCAUACCCGAGCACAUACUGGAGAUAAACCUUUUAUCUGUAAGGAGCUUUCAUGUGGACAGCGAUUCUCUCAGCUUGGCAACUUGAAGACACACGAGCGCCGCCACACAGGGGAGAAACCCUACUCAUGCGAUAUCUGCCACAAGACCUUCGCUCAGAGAGGCAAUGUGCGCGCUCACAAGACAACCCAUCUUGAGAGCAAGCCAUUCACUUGCCUACUAGAUAGCUGCGGUAAGACCUUCACCCAGCUAGGAAACUUGAAGUCCCACCAGAACAAGUUCCACGCAUCGACCCUCCGUUCAUUGACGAUGCGAUUCUCCCAAAUCACCGAUACUGGAAUGGUGAACCCACAGGACCGAGAUCUGUGGGAAUACUUUGCUUCCCUUUACAAGAAUAGCAACAAAGGUAUCAAGGGCCGAGGAAAGGACCGACGUAUCCUAACCACCAAGCGGUCCAUGCAUGUAGCCGACCCAAAGUCCCGGAUGCAGUCGAUGGAGUCUGAGGAAGAUCCCACCCAGCUCCGCCGAGGCAGCUACGAGGACAACAUUUCUAUGUACACCGGCGGGUCUAGCAGUGACGGGGAUGAACCAGGACCAUACUUCAUUGAUCGGCGGCUGCCAUAG